AUGUUUAAUGAAAUAGAGGGAAAGAACGAUGAUGUGGCCAUAACCACUUUCAAAGCUGGCCUCCCAGCCGAUCACGAUUUAAGGAAAUCCCUGACGGGUAAACCUGUUACCAGUGUACACCAGUUGAUGGACAGGAUAGAUAAGUACAGAAGGGUAGAGGAGGAUCAACUUCAGGGAAAGGGGAAGGCCAAGAUAAUCCCUCAGGAGAGGAGGGAUUUCAGGUCGAACCGUUAUAACAGUAACCGACCCCGGAAGGACUUUGUUGGGCAAUCGGGUUCUGCGGACACACAGGUGGUUAAUGUAAUAUUUCGAGAGCCAGUGCAGCAGGAUCAUGGGCACACGACGGAAAAUUGCAGGAAUUUAUGGGACCACUUGGAACAGUUGGUCCGAGAAGGGAAAUUAAAGCAACUCUUGCAUCAUUCUAGCGAUAGGACAGGUCAAGCAGGUUCAGAGAUGCGUGGGGACGCUUCUUCAAGACUUCCCCUGGACACGAUUAACAUUAUUUUUGCUGCCCUAGGGAGGACUGGAUCUUGCCCAUUUAGGGUACUGUCGGUGUUCCGACCCUCGACCGAGGAGCAGUCCCAAGCAUCGAAGAGAGCUGAGGUGGAUGUCCCCUUGAUUUUGGGCUUUUCGGAUGAGGACAUGGUUGGAACCAUACAGCCCCAUGAUGAUGCUUUGGUGGUCACGCUAAGAAUUGGUGGAUAUGAUGUCAGAAGGAUGAUGGUAGAUCAAGGUAGCGCUGUGGAUAUAAUGUAUCCAGACUUGUAUAAGGGGUUAGGUCUAAAGCCAGAGGAUUUAACAACCUACAACUCCCCUCUAGUAAGUUUUGAGGGAAUGAUGGUCGCUCCCAAAGGAUUGAUCAGACUGCCUGUGCAAGCAGGUACGGAUGUGGUGGAGGUGGACUUUAUUGUCGUAGACGUUUUCUCUCCAUACACAGCUAUUAUGGGCAGACCUUGGCUUCAUACUCUUAAAACGGUCUCGUCUACUUUGCAUCAGAAAGUGAAGUAUCCAUCCAAAGGCCAAGUGUUGGAAAUAGUAGGGAGCCAGGCGGCUACUUGGCAAUGCCUAGUAGCGGCUAUACAGUAUCGGCCAGAGGCAGAAACCUCGGCUACGGCCGAUAAUGAAUUAUAG